GAUCGCGUUUAGUGCGUCGCGUUUGCUCUACGAGACAGCAGGCAGCAGCAAGCGGAGCUUGAAGCUGAGUUUGUGGCUGUUGUUGCACGACUUUCGGUUUCUAUUGGCCAACAAGUUUGCACGCUCGCGUGACGCUGAUGUUUAAAGUGGAAGUGGAUGUGGAAGUGCCCCGCCAACCCAUCAGCAAAAAGAACCAAACAACGACAAGCAACUGAAAGGAUUGCGGAAAAUGUCAAGUUUACGGAAAACCACGGCGGCUUUGAUAAGGCGCACAACGUACUCGGCGACGACAACGCUGCUGCCCGGUGCCGGAGGCGCUGGUGGUGCGGUUGAAGCAGCCGCUGGUGCUGCACUGCCCCAUGAUGGUGUGGGUGUGGCAACGGAAAUUGAAAAAUCAAUUGCGUCUGGAGCGCUACAGCGACAGCGACAACAACAACAGAAGCAACAGCAGCAGCAGCAGCGGAUAAAUACUUCAGCUGACAGAGGCGCCACAGCAGCAACAACAUCAAUAGGUGCAACAGCAACAACUGCACCCGCUGUGCGUCCCUAUGCGGAGGUGCCCGGCCCGUAUCCGUUGCCAUUGAUUGGCAAUUCCUGGCGCUUUGCGCCGCUAAUUGGCACGUACAAAAUAAGCGACCUCGACAAGGUGAUGCACGAGCUGCAUGUCAACUAUGGCAAAAUGGCCAAAGUGGGCGGUCUUAUUGGACACCCGGAUCUCUUGUUUGUGUUCGAUGGCGACGAAAUACGCAAUAUAUUCAAAAAGGAGGAGGCCAUGCCGCACAGACCCUCGAUGCCAUCGCUGCGACACUACAAGGGUGAGCUGCGGCGCGACUUCUUUGGCGAUGUGGCUGGUCUAAUUGGCGUGCACGGUCCCAAGUGGGAGGCCUUUCGCCAGGAGGUGCAACAGAUUUUGCUGCAACCGCAAACCGCCAAGAAAUAUAUACCCCCACUGAAUGAUAUAGCCAGCGAGUUUAUGGUGCGCAUAGGCGAGAUGCGCAAUGAGCAGCAGCAGCUGCCCGAUAACUUUUUGCACGAACUGUACAAAUGGGCGCUCGAAUCUGUGGGUCGCGUCUCGCUGGACACACGACUCGGCUGCCUGAAGCCGGAGGGCAGCGCCGAGGCGCAACAAAUUAUUGAGGCAAUCAAUACGUUCUUCUGGGCGGUGCCGGAGCUGGAGCUGCGCAUGCCACUGUGGCGCGUCUUUCCCACAAAAGCCUAUCGCAGUUUUGUCCGCGCAUUGGAUCAGUUUUCCGCCAUUUGCAUGAAGAACAUCAGCCAGACCAUGGACAAGGCCGACGCGGACCAGGCACAGAAUGUACCUAAAAACGAGGCGGACAUUUCCAUAGUGGAGCGCAUCGUGCGCAAAACGGGCAAUCGAAAAUUGGCAGCUGUCCUGGCCCUGGAUCUGUUUCUCGUCGGCGUCGAUACGACCUCGGUGGCGGCCUCGUCGACCAUUUAUCAAUUGGCCAAGAAUCCGGAUAAGCAGCAGCGUUUGUUCGAGGAGCUGAAACGUGUGUUUCCAACGUGCGAUGCGCAAAUCAAUCAGCACGUCCUUGAGCAGAUGCCCUAUAUGCGGGCCUGCGUCAAGGAGACGCUGCGCAUGAAACCGGUUGUCAUUGCGAAUGGACGCAACCUGCAGGCGGAUGCAGUUAUUAACGGCUACCAUGUGCCGAAGGGCACGCACGUCAUCUUCCCACAUCUGGUUGUCUCGAAUGAUCCAACAUAUUUCCCCGAGCCGAAACGUUUUUUGCCCGAACGUUGGCUCAAACAGGGCGCAGCUGAAGGCUGCCCGCAUGCCGGCCAGAAGAUACAUCCCUUUGUAAGCCUGCCCUUUGGCUACGGGCGUCGCAUGUGCGUGGGUCGACGCUUUGCCGAAAUCGAGCUGCACACGUUGCUGGCCAAGAUCUUUCGCAAAUACCGUGUUUCCUAUGAUUCCGACGAAUUCAUUUAUCGCGUCAACUCCACGUACAUACCGCAAUCUCCGUUAAAUUUCAAACUGACACCGCGCGACGAGUAGCAUGACGGGGCGUUGAGGAUUUGCAGCUGCCACAGCUGCCACA